AUGGCGCCUCCCUCACGCGCCCGGCCGCUUGGGAAAUCGUCCUUUUCUGCCGCCUUCUCGCGACUCAAGACGUCAGCGUACGUCGAUGGUGUCCGCCCCAAUGCGCCCGUUGCGGCGGCGCAUUACAUUCGCACGCUGAGCUGGAACACGUCAGGCACGUUCAUAGCGACGGGCGCCGCAGACCGCACGAUCCGCAUCUGGAAUCCCGAGAGGACCAACGUGAAGCACUCGACGGAGCUGCGCACGCCAGGCGUGCCUGCGUCGAUACAGCUCGAGCGCGUCGCGUUCCACCCAAUCAACGAGAACGAGCUCGCGAGCUGCAGCACCGACGGCAUGGUCCGGUUCUGGGACAUUCGCUCAAAAGCCAGCGUGGGCGAAGUGAAGGUCGGCGAGCAGCCGUUCACGCUCGCGUGGACACCAGACGGCAGCGCGAUUGUCGCAGGGCGGAAGGACAAUGUUCUCGUCUCGAUCGACCGCGCCGCGCUCGGCAUACUCUCGGAGCAGCGCCAGCCCGGCCAGACCAACCAGUGCGUCUUCGACUGGUCCGGCGCGCACCUCUUCCUCACGUCGGGCGACGGCAGCAUCAAGGCCGUCGACUACCCGUCCUUUGACCCCGUGCUCAGCCUCAACGCGCACACGUCCUCGUGCUACGCCAUCAGCAUGUCGCCGUCGGGCGAAUACCUCGCAGCCGGCGGCGGCGACGCGCUCGUCUCGCUCUGGGACACGCAGGAAUGGAUCUGCGUGCGCACGCUGGACCUCACCCGGGCGCCGGUCAAGAGCGUCGACUUCAGCUUCGACGGCAGCUACAUGACGGCCGGCAGCGACGACAAGGACGACAAGAAGAUCAGGAUUGCGCACGUCGAGACGGGCGAGGUCGUGCACGAAAUCAGUGUGCAGAAGGCGAGCCAGGUGGUCAGCUGGCACCCGUGCCGCUAUGUGCUGGCCUACUCGCAGGAGGAGCAGGGCCUGAGGAUCCAAACGAGAGCACCGUACUCGGCGUACUCUGCGGUUCCUCGCAAACAACCGUCCAACUCAAUUGCAACACAACAAACCAUGGAUGUUCUAUCGCCGAUCAGCCCCAGCUCGCUUUUCUCGGCCAGCGGACUUGUUGUCGUAGUCACAGGCGGGGGUUCUGGCAUCGGCCUCGCAAUCGCCGCGGCUCUGCACCAGAAUGGUGCCUCGAAAAUCUACAUCAUCGGCCGCCGCAAGAACGUCCUCGACGAUGCCAUUGCCAAACUCGAGUCGUCGCCCGCGGCGCCGAAGUCGUCCAACGUCCUUUCGGCCAUCGCUGCAGACGUGACAGACCUCGACAGCAUCAAGAAAGCCGUCGCCCAGAUCGAGCAGGAGACUGGCUACGUAGAUGUCCUCGUCAAUAACGCAGGCGUCCUCGGCCCCAAAUCAGGCCAGCCCAUCCACGCCGCGCAAUCCAUCACCGCCGUCCGCGACGCCAUGCUCCUCGACAUGGAAACCCCCUCGUGGACGCAAGCCUUUGACAUCAACACCAAGGCCGUCGUCGCCGUCUCCGCGCUCUUCCUCCCCCUGCUCGAAGCAGCCAACUCCCGCCGCGGCUGGGCGCCGGGCCGCGUCACAGGCGCCGGCACCGCGCGAUCCCGCGACACAUCGAAGCUGGGCGCCCUCGCCGUCGACGCCGCCGACGACCGCAUGGCGCACAUCAUCACCGUCGCCUCGGUGGCGGCGUACAUGCGCUGGAUCAGCGCGGGGCUGGCGUACAACGCGACCAAGGCCGCGGCUGCGCAGCUGGGCAAGAUCAUGGCCACGUUCCUUGCCGAGUGGGGGGUGCGCAGCAAUGUCAUCGCGCCCGGGCCGUAUCCGAGCGAGAUGACCAGCGCGAAUUCGCUGGUGUACGGCACGGGGCAGAUCCCGCAGGGCAGGAUGGGGGAUGUGAGUGACAUUGCAGGCCUGGUGCUUUUCAUGGUGGGCAGGGCGGGGGCGUAUAUGAACGGCGUUGUGCAGGUCACGGAUGGGGGGAGGAUGGCUGUGUUUCCGUCGACGUAUUAG